GGAGCGGGGCCGGAGCGGGGCCGCCAUGCGCCCGGGGCCGGGGCUGCCGGCGCUGCCGGUGCUGCCGGUGGUGCUGGCGCUGCUGGCGGCGGCGGCGCGGCCGGGCGGCGGCGAGGAGGCGAUCCAGUGCCCGCCGUGCUCGGAGGAGCGGCUGGCGCGGUGCAAGGCGCCGCAAGGCUGCGCGGAGCUGGUGCGGGAGCCGGGCUGCGGGUGCUGCGCGACCUGCGCGCUGCCCCGCGGCACCCCCUGCGGCGUGUACACCGCGCGCUGCGGAGCGGGGCUGCGCUGCUACCCGCCCCGCGGAGAGCCACGGCCCCUCCGCACCCUCAUGCACGGCCAGGGCAUCUGCACCGACCUGGCCGACGUCGAGGCCAUCCAGGAGAGCCUCCACCCCCCAGAGAAGGAGGAGAUCGACCACCCCAACAACAGCUUCAGCCCCUGCAGCAUCCAUGACCGCAAGUGCUUGCAGAAGCAGCAGGCGAAGAGGGUCAACAACGGCAACAAGAUGCGCAGCAGCGGGAGCCCUCACCACCGCGAGGACACGCGGCCCAUAGCACAGGGCUCGUGCCAGAGCGAGCUGCACCGGGCGCUGGAGCGGCUGGCGGCCUCGCAGACCCGCACCCACGAGGACCUGUACGUCAUCCCCAUCCCCAACUGCGACCGCAACGGCAACUUCCACCCCAAGCAGUGUCACCCGGCGCUGGACGGGCAGCGCGGCAAGUGCUGGUGCGUGGACCGCAAGACUGGAGUGAAGCUGCCGGGCUUCCUGGAGCUGAAGGGGGACUUGGACUGUCACCAGCUGGCGGACAGCAUGUGAGCGUGACCGCGGCAGCCCCGCGCCGAGCGGCUGCCAGGGACAGGAGGAGAGGGGCCGUGAGUGCCGAGCGGGGCCCUGGUGCCGGGGCACCCCGGGGUGCACUCUGGACUGUGCUGCUCUGCGCCACGGGCUGCCCACGACCUGCGCCAUGACCACUACCCACCACUGCUGGGGAUCCUGGCACGCGCCAGCGGCCCCUCCAUCCCGCAGGGACACAGCUUGGACCGUGCUGCCCCGGGGGCUGGUGUCGGCCUGCCCCGGUGGGGAGCACCCUCGACGCUGCUGCCGGUGCCCCGUGGUGCCCCCUCGGUUUCCACCCUUGCCCCCGACACCGUGGGGUGCUGUGGCAGGCCAUGCAUGCCAGACCUCUGCAUGGGCAGCAGGAGAAGUGCCUCAUCCUGCCCCUCCUGGCAGCGAGAGGUUGCCUAGGCAAGGACCAGGGGGCAUGGAGAGACCCCCCCCCCCACUGCUGCCCGCCCUCCCUGCCUGCAUCUUGCCCAAAGUGUGUGUGUGUGAUGGGCAGCGCAGCCACACAGAGCAAUAAGAGACCUUCCCCUCCCUGCUGCAGCCCCCCAUCCCCACAGCCCAGCCCCAUCCUGCUCCCUGUGCAGGGACAUAGCCCCCCACUCAUCCUGUCUCCCCCUGUCCCAUCCCUGGGGUGAGGAUGGUCCUCACAGGCAUUGAGUCCGAGGGGAGGAUGGGGGGGACAAGGGAGGUCCAGGAAAUGCAUCCCAGCAGGAAGAGCUUUUGGUCUGAGUAGUUUUUAGUUUCUUCCCCAAAUAUUUUUUAAUCAUUUAAAAAACACCAUUGGUGGGAUCUUAAAAGUGACCAUGUGGCCCCAAGGCUCGAAUUCUCCAACCCCAGGGACCAGGGGACUGUGGCAGUAGCUCCUGUCUUCUCUGCUUGGCCAACAUGACAAAACCAGGAAGGGUUCUGGAAUGUCUCCAUGAUGGGAUCUGCAGAUUUCACCAGCACAAAGUUCUCAGCUGAGAAAUUGUCACUGGUUUUGUAGCUAUUCUUUUUUCUUCUCUUUUCUUUAAGCUGGGCUGGAAAUUUUUCAUGUAAAAAUGCCAUGGCAAGGGUGCCAAAGAUGGAGGGGACUUUCCUGAUCCUCUCCUGACCUACCCCAGCUCCAUGGCCUCAGUGGAAGCUUUUGGUUUUCCAUGUAGAUUUGCCCUGGCCAAGGCCCCCUGAUGGGAACAAAAUGUUUCAGUUUUAGUGAAACGUUCUGCCCUCCUGACCCCCUCCCUGCCUGCCCCUGUGCCCUGCCAAAUC